AUGGCGGCUCAAUCCAAGCCCGCGGCCAGAAGCCCCUCGGCAUCGUCUCAGAGUGGAAUGCUACAAUUGGUACUCUCUCAAGCAGCGACUCUUGACAAUGCCAAGACCGUCGUCUUCUGGUACCUCGUCUAUCGGAUUGUAUUGCGGUCAUGGAGGCAUCUCAGGAUCUACGGCGUCACCCCUACUCUAUACCAAGGCUACACCGAGCUCUCAAGGAGGAUUCUCACUCUCUUGCUCAAGAUACCAGCUGCCAAGAGGAAGGUAGAUAAAGAGCUCGAGACGGCCACGAAAGACAUCGAAGCUAAGCUCAUCCCACGACCCACCAAUAUUAGCAUCAACGAGCGCCUACCACCCUAUGGCAAGGAUAAGCAAUGGCUACGUGAGGAACUGGUCCGAUUGCAACGCUUGAGCCCUAGCAGCAGCUCCUCGGCGCCGAGCAAAGAAGGUGUCGCAAAUGCAAUUGUCAAAGAAGAGGCUGGCGACGAGGACGAAGACGGUCAACGAGCAUGGCAGGGCGGUAAGGUGUCCGGAGCAGUCUAUCACGGAGGCCAGGAGCUGAGCGACAUCAUAGCCGAUGCCAUCAAGAUGUUCCUGGUUAGCAAUCCGCUACACCCCGACCUCUUCUCUGGCGUUCGUAGAAUGGAAGCCGAGAUCAUCUCCAUGUGUCUCAGGAUGUACAAUGCUCCUUCACACGCUUGCGGAACCACGACCUCUGGCGGUACGGAAAGCAUCCUGAUGGCCUGCAAAGCCUACCGAGACUGGGGCAGAAAGGUCAAGGGAAUCACCGAGCCAGAACUGAUCAUACCCGAAUCGGCACACGCGGCAUUCCACAAGGCAGGACAGUACUUUGGUAUCAAGGUUCAUCAGGUUCCAGUAGACCGCCACUCUCGCAAGGUCAUCAUCUCGUACGUAGCUCGCGCCAUCAAUAGCAACACCAUCGCCUUGGUCGGCUCAGCACCAAACUUCCCAGAUGGAACCAUCGACGACAUCCCUAGUCUCGCUUCUCUUGCCAAGAAACACAAGAUCGGUAUGCACGUGGACGCCUGCUUGGGAUCCUUCCUCGUCCCCUUCCUUGAGCGGGCAGGUCUACCUUCCGAGCCUUUCGACUUCCGAGUAGCCGGCGUCACCAGCAUCUCCUGUGACACACACAAGUACGGCUUCGCUUGCAAGGGCUCCUCGGUGGUCAUGUACUCAUCCCCAGACCUUCGAAAGCAUCAGUACUACAUUCAGCCAGACUGGUCUGGUGGGGUGUACGCCUCGCCUACGAUUGCAGGCAGCCGACCUGGAGCCCUCAUUGCUGGUACCUGGACUGCCAUGAUGUGUAUGGGAGAGAAUGGAUACACCGACAGUUGCAGAGAGAUCGUUGGCGCUGCUAGGAGCAUUGAGCAGGCUAUCAGGGACGAUAUACCCGACUUGAUGAUCCUUGGAAAGCCUCUCGUGAGCGUCAUCGCCUUUGCCAGCAGCGGAAGAGUCAAUGUGUACGAGAUUGGAGAUCUGGCUAGUUCGAACACUAACAGUCCCCUCGCCUCGCUCUCGGAACAGAUGUCCAAGAAAGGCUACCAUCUUAAUGGCCUAGCAACCGAUCCACCCGCCGUGCACAUUGCCUGCACUCGCCUCACUAUUCCCAUCAUCAAUGAGUUCAUCAGUGAUCUCAAAGAGUGUGUCUCUGUGGCUGGCAAGGACAAGAAGGGUCCCAAGGGAUCCAUGGCUCAGCUCUAUGGCUUGGGGUCUAGUUCGGCUGUUGGACCGGCACUGGUUGGAGAGAUGGCCAGCCGGUUCAUCGACACGUUGACGAAGAUGUGA